AUGGCUGAUGCAUUUGUGGAGAGCAAAAUCAGGGACGGCAGAGUAACCCUGUUCAUAAAGCCAGACUGCUCUUACUGCAGGAAUGCCUGCGACAUUCUAAAGAAGUACGACUUUGUGUACGGAGGCCUGAAAGUGUGUGAUAUUAGUGGGCGGGAGGACGUCCAGGAAACCUUGCAGCGAAGAACAAGGCAAAGAACG